UAUUAUUUCCUUGUUUACUACGACUGAAUGGAAUCAGAAUUCUGCUGCCGAUGGAAGUGGAAGCACGGCACGUAUUUUGGACAAAAGCUUACCGUCCUCGGCUUUGAAAUAAGAAGCAGGAUUUUUGGUUGGAUGGGGGUAUAAAGAACAUGGCCUUUGACAGUGAGUCCAGGAUUAGUCUGAUGGCCUACCCUCUUAGCUUGGCUGGUGCCUUAUUCUUAUAGAGACAUUCAAAUCUUCCCUCAAGCAUGGAUGGUGUAAAAACUGGCCAGAGACUUCUGCUGGCCUUGACCUCUGGGGUCGGCAGCGAUGACCUGGUGGGGGAUACAGCAGAUGUGCAGCCCUCUUUUGCCCCUAUCAUCAUUGCUGCGGCCAGUGGCAUAUGUUUUGUGGCACUUGUUGCCAUGUGCGUGUGCGGAGACAGUGCCAAGAAAAAAACAGAGGAUGGGUCACUGCGACAGGUAAUGGAGGAGAAACCAGGAAGUAAAUCAACAGGAACCCACCAGCAAGAUGGGAGAGAACCAAUGGCAGCGCCGACAAGUGAGAACGGUGGUCCCCCAUCAAACAGAAACAGUGCAACCAUGUCAGGUCACAGUCGACAAGCCAGCUCUGGUUCUGCUCACAACCUGCGACCGACGAGCUUACGGGAGUUGCCAGAACCCCCUGUCUCCAGUCAUCAUGCCCGCAACGCAUCGCAGUCUGGUGUUGUUGAAGUUCCAUCCAGCUCCGGCCACAUGGUCGUCGGGGAGGAUGAGGCUAACGACCCUGUGGCCUACGGCUACCACCACUACCACGAGCCAAACCACCACCGGGCCAACAGUAGUGGGGGAGGGAUGGGCAUUGGAAUAGAGAACAAUGUUGGGCUGAGGGACAGACCAGGUUCAAUCAAUGACGGAUAUGACCACCUGGGGGCGAAGCCCAGCGUAAAACCAACAGAUUACGACAGUCUGGCUGCUCCCCGCAGAACACAAGCAGAGACUCCGACGUCGGAAGCAGGCCCGGCCACCGAUGGCCACUACUCUCUGCUCCGAGAGAGAACGUACGCUGUUGUCAAGGACGUGAAAGCUAAGGCGUCAAAAUUGUACGACCCGUAUUCCCUUGUGAAAGACGAGGAUGAAGAUUCCUCGCAGACAGGAUCAAAUUAUUAUGCUCAGGAGGACCCCUACAACCAUAUCGGAGAAUCUGAUGGAGCAGUGUCAGCGGCGCUGAUCCGCAGAAUCCAGCAGUCUGGGGACGCGGAUGAUCCAUAUGCCACGCUGGGAGACGAGGAGGGAGGAGAUGGAAAGAGCGGUGGCUCAGAGCUACAAGGCGCUGUAGGAGGUGCAGCUUCCCAUGCUGUGUCCCCAUCGACUGCGGCCACUGUGACCCCUCUGUCUCAGUUCUCAGCCCAUGACUCGUACUCUGAGGUGUCGGACGAGUACGCCGUGGUGCAGAAGUCGUCUCGCGGGACUCCUAGCUUUGUCCAGGAGCAGGAGAAUGGGACAGAGGACAGCUUGGACAUAGCGCCGUACAGCGUGGGUCCGCCCGAACCUCCGCGCCGCUACCACCUCUAUGAAGAGGAGGAGGGGCAUUUUGCCGAGUCUUCUGCUCACCCGCCUAAAGAGCACAAAUACUCCAAAGUGACGGCGAGGGAGUCGUUAGCCAGUAUCUCGGCCAGGACUGCUCUGAAUCCUUACGAGUUUGUGCCCGACCUCCCGGAGAACACUUACGCUACUGUUGAGGGUGGUUCUGGUGAUGGCAUUGUCAGGGAAGUGACCUUGAGAGGGACCGGAGGUGCAGCCGCUGCUGCUGCUGCUAGCACCGAGACCAACCGACUCAGCCAAAACAGUGACACGUAUGCAGAGAUAGCAAUAUCGGGCGGCGGUCUGUCCACCAGUAUCACCAGUACUGGCAGUAGCGCUGGGGGCGGCGGUGGGGGAGGCAGCAACAGUCUGGGCAGCAGCAGUGGCGCCCCCGUCCCCCCAUCGCUGGACUCGCUGCACAUGAUGACCAAGUCACAGACCUCCAGCGAGGGCGACCGUCUCAGCGACCGACUGAGCGACAGACAUUUGGCUUCUCCGGAAGAUUCUGCUCUGGGUAUUUUCCCGUGGGCGGAUGAGCUGGGCACAGGUUCGGCUGACAGCAGUGAGGACGGGUACAGCACCCUGAGACGAACAGAGCCGUAUUCUGCAUCGGAUACGACCCUCCGAGGCACCGCUGCGGACUCCCGAGUGAGAGACGCUGAAUCUGGUGAGAUCACCCUAGUGCCGAAUUAUCAAAAGGUGAAAGACUGUAUUUCUGAUAAUGAGAUAAACGAGGAGUGUGAGAACGAUCCGAACUACGAAAGCGUGGAUGAAGCACGGUCAAAAGUAGCUGCACUAAAGGCGAGUAAGGAAGCUGCUGUCGUUUCCUCAAGCCAUUCAAAACCGACGGCGUCUCCGAUUCAUCUUGUGCAGUUCCCACCGGUGGAGAACGGAGUUCUCACUUCUAUGACGCCUACUCUGGGUCACCCGUCAAAUGGAGAAUUCUCCAUCUCGUCGACUUCAACAACGUCUCACGGCAGACAGAAGAGGAUGGACCACGACUAUGAGGAAGUGGACCUCAGCCCUCCAACAUCUCCUUCGCAACCUGGUGGACCCACGCCUGGUCUGACUCCACAUCUCUCUCCUUCAACUACACCGACGGGUGCCACCAGCGCGACCUCCUUUGUGAACUCUGACCCUCAGGCAAGCCCACAGUCCGUCAGCGAGGCCAAGGAGAGGCUCACACACAACCACCUUUAUGAGGAACUCGCGGACGUUAGACUGAAAAAACAGGGAAUGACCAAAAUCAAUUAUGAGAAAUCUGGAAAAAAUGUCGAGGAGCGAAAGAAAGGAAGUGCUUCAAAUGAUAAGAAGAAAGGAGAGGAGAAGAAGAAGGGAGGCUCAGAAGAGAAGCGGAAGAGUGGGUCAGAGGAAAAGAGGAAGAGUGGAGGAGGAGGAGACGAGAAGAGGAAAUCGGGUGCUGCUCAACCAAAAAACACUCGGCUGUGACUGGUCUGAUUGUAGAUGUUCUAUUCCUUAGUCAAAAACUUCUUAAGAUAUCUUAAUCCUUUAAAAUCUUAAGGCCUCUAUGCCGGUUCAGGGUGUGUUUAUCAGCAUUCUAUAAGGCUGUUGCUGGUGGAGCUAACUACUUUCAAGUAGUCCAGGGAUGGGGGAUUUGAGAAAUGUCUAAGUCAAGAGUUCAAAGGUUUAAUGGUUCAUGUGAAAAUAAAGGAGGUGGGAGGAAAAUAUUAAGGGGAGGGGAUUAUGUAGUAAUAUCUACAGAAUGGAAUACAUUUAAAUUUUGUGUUUUUUAAAAAAAGAAAAGGACUCAAACGCUGUGUCCAUGAAAUACCCUAUUAUUAUUAUUAUCAUUAUCUGAACUGAUUCAAAGACUGAAAUGGUCAAAGUUAAGAAAGGACACUUCUUCGGGCAGCACAUUCCCAGUAAUGAUGGCCGCCCAAGGUUCUGACAAAGUGGCACGACAUAAGUCGCAUCUACCCCUACAAAGACUUAUGUUAUGACAGCCUGGUCACUGUUUUUGAGCCGUCGCCGUUGUUUCCUCACAGAUAUUCUUGACUUUCCACACGAAAGUUUUUGUAACUUUCUUCAGGGCUUCACUGGUUCGCUUCUGCUUCAGAGAGCUUUGAGUAUAAAUGUGGACCAAGUGGCCUUAAAAAAACUCCUGCGAAUGAAGCAAAUGUGCGUUGUGGAAGAGCCAGGAAAUGUACGCAACUGAAGCGGGUUGUUGGAAACUGGUGUCGGUCUGGCCAUCUCUUUCCUUAUUUGUGAGGUGUUUGUGCUUUUUCCCCCCCAGCAGUAAAUAAUCCUUGCUUUGUGGAUGGGCUUUUCUUAAACUCUGACAUUUCUGGAGUUCUGAAGACAUGGGAAGUUCCAAUCUGACAGGUUUUCCUUGUUUGACAGUUACUGUAUUACUGUAAGCUUUGGGGGGGGGGGGGUUGGCUCAUGACUUGAAUUUGCGAAUUUUAAGUUCAAAAUUUGUGAAUUCAAUUUGUUAACGAAAUGUUGGGGGGUAGGGGAGCGCUGUUGCAUUGGAACACAUGAUAGUUAUCGGCUCAUAUCGCAAAUUCAAAAUGUUCGUGAUAUGGGGAAAAGUUUUUAAAAAGAAAAAUAAAUGUUUGUACAGUAAACACAGAGCCAAGAAAACUUGCUGGGUACUGGUGGCUUUUCUUUAACCUCUGUGGUGACAUUAUUUUUUUUGGAAAAGGCUAGUGAAGGUGGGUUUUUAAAAAUGUUUUAUUUAACAAUAUAUUAUGGCUGUUACUGUGUUUUAACUGUGGUUCAGCUCAAACUCUGUGUUUGCUUCAUAAUUUAAUCAGAAAGCCCAACAGCUCUUUGGUCCCAUUUCUUACAAAAUAUUUUGUAUUUAUUGAGCUGGGAGGCAUACCACUAAAGUCUGAUGUUGUACUGUAUUUCUGGCACAUGUGAGAUUUUUAGAGUUUACACUGAGUGAGAAGGGGAUGGGUGUAAUAUGCAUAGCUGGAACAAAACUAGGUAUUAGAUAUAUAGGGUUUCACGUGUUGAGAAGAUAGUCUGUGAACGAAUAUAGAGGCUUCUUGUGUCUCGAAGACUGUGUCCGUGAACUAUGUUGGAAUCAACUUUUGCUUCUGUGAAGAUUGUGAACUUUCGUGGGACCUUCUUAUUGUGGGAGGGUCAUCAGUGAUCUGGUCCAUGAACUAUCUUGGAAUCUUCUAUUGCUACUGUGAAGACCCCGUGGACUAUUAUAGAACCCUAUUGCCCUGAGGUUAUCUCUGUGAACUGUCUUAUAAUACUCUGGUGCUGUGAAUACUGUCCAUGAACCAACUUGUUGUCUUCUUGUUCUGGGUUUGUCAACUGAAAACUGUCCUUAAAUUAUCCUGUAAUUUUUAUGUGCUUUGAAGAUUGUCAAUGAACUGCUAUAGAAUCAGUGGCCUCUAUGGGUAAUCCAUAAGCUCCUUGCCUUUGCUCAUAAGAAUUGUGAAUCUGAUUCCAGUCUGCGAAAGUUAUUUUAUGGAGUAUCUCCGUCUUUCUGCUUACAUGCUUUGUCCCACUGUUUAAGCUGGCCCCGACACACCAAGUCUUAACAAACUGCCUCCCAAGUGAUCUAAAUUAUGGUAAGAGGGAUGUAAAUUUAAUGUUUACAGUCAUUGUAAGCGUUGAACUCUGUGUGUAAGGUUUUUUUUUACUGUUGCUGCUUCCUGCGAUGCAAAGUCUUAGCAACCUGCCUCCUGAGUUAUCUAAUUUAUGGCGAUAGAGAUGUAAGAUGUUUACAGUCGUUGCAAAAUAUGAAAUCUUUGUGUGUAAAGCCUUUUCAUCUGGCUGCUUCCAUGUUCUGGUACGUGACAUGACUUUCAUUCCUGAGAGCCUCAAUCUGACUAUUGAUGGGGGCUCUGCUCCUACCUGCUUUUUUCUUCUUCUUUUCAGCGUUGUUGUUAUCUUGUUCUGUUCCUGGCUUAAUGUGGCUUAUUGCGUGGACCUCAGCAUUAACCAAAACUCAACUGCUGGGCUCGUUCUUUUCGAGUCUUUGUUGAAACUGUAAUGUUCUGUUCUCGUGAACAAUAUUAUCUGUGUCUGUGGCUUGCUGGUUAGGUUCGUCACUGUGCAGGAUAAAGGUAUGAGGUCAGUCCUCAUAUGAGAAUAUGUUGUGUGGAAUUAAUGUCACGUCUUUCUGCUUGGAGAUGUUCUCCUCUCCUCACGAGUUGGCCCUGAUGGCAGGAUUGAAGCAGCCCGCCUCCGUAAUCAUCUUCAUCCCGUUAGGCUCUCAGACUCACUACUAUAAGGGGAUAGGUUCAAAUCCCGUUAUGAACUCAAUGUUAUGUCUCUGGGAAAGACAUUUUACACAAAUUUUCCUCACUUCACCCUGGUGGUAAUGGGUAGGCCUACCCUGCUAUAGACAGUAAAAGAUCUUGUCAGUUUGUCAGUGUUUGAGCGCUUAAUCAGCUGCUUGCACUGUUCAACAUCGGGUUUAACAUAGUUCACAUAAUACGUAGACACCUCAUUCUACAGUUUUUGAACGACACAUUCUACUAUGUCUGAAGCACUCAUGGUAUGUGGCGGUGCAGUGCAUUAGACCGUUCUAGAAACUGAAGCUGGACACUGAAAAUAUUCUAAUUCUGCUCAAUGUAUGAUACAGAAUGUGCAAAAAUAUGAAAUUCUGAUAGCAUUUUUGUCUGGGAUUUUUCCUGUGGCUAGUUUUCAAUAAGAAGGGAGUUCUAUUUUAGAAAGAGUUUUACGAUGCUCACAACUGCUUAUGAGCAUGCCAGUAAGAAGUAAGAUUUAACAGUUGAAAGGCAACCAAGGUCUCUGUUUGGUAUUGGUUUUUACAGCGUUUGAAACUGCAUAUGGUUAUAUGAACACGCACACGACCAUGGUGGUCUUUUCUCUUCAGUAUAAGAUAAAUAAGGAUCACCAUUUGGAGGAGUUCUUAAAAGUGAAACAUGUGCGGUGGAUUAUUGCCCCGUGGUCUUGUGUAAGUACACACUUCUGCUGUUAAGCCGCAAAGACCUCAAUUCACAAGAUACGUGUACAAAUUUCUGUGUUCAAUUUUCCCGCUUUGUUCAUACUGUAUUUUAUAUAUCUUUUAUAACUGCUCAUUUGAAAUUGUGAUUUUUUUAAUAUCAGGAUUUUUGGGUGGACCUUUUUUGUAUGUGUUUUUGCUGUACUUGAUUUGCUUGUUAUGAUUAUUGUCAUAGUUUUUAUUACGUGUGUCAUUAUUGUUAUUAUUUGUAGCAGUAACAUUGUUGUUUUUUGGUGUUGUCAUAAUACUUGCUUUGACCAUUGCAGCUAUGCCUAGUUGUUUUCUGUCAUUCUUUCUGUACUAACAGAAAGCAAAUCUUUUUGCUUUGCGAAAAAUGUGUUCUUGGACUUUUUUUUUCCUUGACAUGUCAUUUUCAGGCUCAAUCGUUCUUGCGUUCAUCUUUUCUUUUUUCCAGCCUACUCGGUGGUAUAAGUUUGGUCACAAAUUUUCAAGGCCGCACACUAAGUCGCAUCCUUAAAAUGGCAGUAUUCUAAUUCCAUGACGCCUAUGUUUGAGAGAAUGGGACUCAAAAGUUUCAUGCUCUUACUACAGCCAAAAUGUUUUUAUUCCUGAUUUAAGCGUCAAACUGAAAAAAAUACAAGUCAGACUGUCUCGAGCAUUUGACACAGUACGCAUGGCAUCCGUGUCUGUAUUGUGUUGUGUCGUGUGUGUCUCUGCUCUCGCUCAAAGCAAGUGAAGUUUGAAACCCUGUCAAUCUUAAGGGGACAAAGCAUGCAAGUCAUGAGAGUGUUCGAAUUUUUGUUAAAAAUACUGCCACGGUGACUCCUAGUUGGUAUGUGUUCAGCCAAGGGAUGUGUUCAAGCCGAGGCUUUCUGCACCUUCAUCGUGAGCGCCCCCCAGAAUCUCUCAACUCUCACUGGGCUGUUGUACGCAAUGGUCAUUUUACUCUCCUUUUGUUUGUUUGUUUGCCUGUUUUUGUCUAUUUGAUCGUACAGUUAAGUGAUAGUGGUGUCAGUAGUCCAGUGGUUAGGCUACCGGACGUGUAGUAGUAAGAUUGCAGGUUCAAGGGCUCGAGCCUUAGGCCCGACCCUGUGUCCUUGGGGAAAGAUACAUUACCCAAUUUUCCUCUCUUCAUCCAGGUGGGAAUGGGUACCUGGCCGUAGACAGCGAAAGAUCUUGUCAGUAUUUUAGUGUUUUAGCAACUAUAGAAUGGCAGCUUGCCCUGCAUGCUUCCCAGGAAGUUGAGAUUGUCUCAGAAUGCUAUCAGGUCAGAUGGGGUAAUAAUAUAGAUUGUAAAGCACAUACAGCUUGCUGUGAGUGGGAAUUUGCACUAUUCAAAUGCUAUAAUAUUAUUUUUAUUAUGAUAGUAGUAGGAUGUCUGUACAACAUAUUAUCUUGUUUGGAUCUGCAAAAGGUCCAAUGUGGCUGUUAUUCAUGCAUGGCUGGUGUAGCUCUUACCACCUCGUAACUGGUGUCUUAAAAGAUUUUCAGCACACAAAGUUGGUCGUAAGAGGGUGGUCUGGUGUAGUUUGCCCUUUCUUUCAUAUUAAACAUUGUGUGAUAUUCUUUAGAAACACUUUUUAAAUCAUCAGCACUUAUUAUCUACUUGUGUUGCUAGUUUGUAAAACUCUUUCUAAAAAUGAAAACUCAGCACACAAAGAUAACAAACCGAACCCCUCUCUGAUUUAAAUGAUGAUGAGAGAAGACAACGUAAAAGUCAGCGCAUAUUAACUUCAAUAACUUUUUUUUAUUUUGGUCGACUUCAAUAUCAUAAUUAAUACGUGCUGGCCCCUGAUCUUUAUUGAUAACCUGCAGGUCAACCUUGGCUAUGGUUUUAGAGCAACAUAGGGUUGAUCUAUUACUUCUGGUUACGUGGUUAGAGCAUAGCACCAUAAUAUGUUGUUGCAAGAGAGAUGUUCAUACAAUCAUUUUUUACCGCUUAGGCCAUUGAAAUAUUGUGCCGUGUUUUUUUUAGAGUGGGCUGGUCUCUUUAGAGUCAGAUGCUACGGAAGUGUAGUUGUCUCUUUUUUUUAUUUUUCUGUUAUUUACUGUAUAUAAUUAACCCUUUGCUUUGGGUUGCUAUGCUUACCAGUGUACCGUGGGCUAUUUUGUACAAUUAAUUUUAUGAUUUUAUUAUAGCCAAAGGUAAAGCAGCAGGUAAGCGGUGCUACUUUUUUUAUAUAUAGUGGUAGUCAUGUCAUUUCCUCUUUUCCCCAUACAUCAACUAUUUGUUAGGCAUUAGGGUUGAAUCAGGCGCUCAUCAAAAUUGAAUAACAAAA